UUGUUUUGUAUGAUAGUUUUCAAGAGUCUUUUGAAAGUUGUUCAACAGUAGGUCGAUUAUUAAAAGAUGAUAAAUAGUUAAUUAAUUCGAAAAACAAACAAAAAAUACUAGUUAAUUAAUUAAUUAGUUUUCGGGAAAUCAAUGGAUAAACGUUUCAUAUUGGUUUAUUUAUUAAAUAACUAAGUCAAUCACACAGAACAUGUGCAACAUUCAUAUCUCAAAAGUGUGGUAUAAUUUGCUUGUUAAGAAUGGAGAAGGAUGUGGACAGUAGUGCAAUGGAAUCAAAAGAUUCAGAUUGUGAAACAGUUUACGUCAUAACUGAAGAAGAAUUAAAUAAUAGUUUUAUUUCGGAAAAUAUCGGUAAAGAAAUAAUUAUAGAUGGCUCAUUUUUCAUAGUUGGAGAAAAUUCUUUUAGCUUAGAUGGGCAAGACAUACAAUUGCAGGACAAAGAAAAUAUGGAUGGAAAGGAAUUGAUAUCUGUCGUUUUGGAAAAAAAUGACAGUAACACAGUGGAUAACAGUGGAAAUGUGUAUGGCAGUUUAAUAAAUAAUGAUAAUGAAAAUGUUACUACGAGAAAUGAAAAUUCAUUUAUCGACAAAAAUCAACCAACAACCGUCAAUCAUGAACAGAAUAUUCUUAGUGGUCACAGUCAAAAUUCAUAUAUGGAUGUAGAAGAGAAUUUAUCUUUAGAUUCUGUUGAAGACUCAUCCAUUGUACAUCAUCAGGAGAAAGUUACUACUCCUGGAAAAAAUUGCAUUUUAUCAGUUUCGGGACAUGUACAAUUGCAGCCUUCGGAUUGGGAUAUGUUAACAUGUCCUUAUUGUAUGACAAACUUUAGUAAAGCAUAUAUUAUGAAGAGACAUAUGGUGACAGUCCAUAAAUUUCUUUCAUCAGAAGCUCCUUUUCCAUGUUUUUAUUGUAACGCAUUAUGCCAACAAGAAGAUUUGCUUCUGAAACACUAUGAAAUUGAACAUAAAUAUCAACAACAAACUGCUCUUCUUAUAACAAGAAUGUAUUCUGCUGAUCCUCAUAGAUUUGUAUGCUCUUAUUGUCCCAAAAAAUUUGCUAAACCCUGUCAUUUAAAAAAACAUUUAGAGAUAAAACAUAACUUUACUUCAGAUGAAGUUGCAUUUCCAUGUGGUUUUAAGUCAUGUAAGAUGUCAUUCGAGAAACAAAUUUUACUUCUGAAACAUUAUGAAAAAGAACAUAAUCAAAAAGAACAGACUGCUUUAGAAUCAACAGAAAAUAAUGGAGAUGCUCUUCCAUCAGAAGUUGCCUCAGAUAGAGACAAUGAGAUAGAGAUAUUGUCUCAGAUAAAAUCGAGAACUGAUAAGUUAAAAUCCUCUGAGCCUAUCCCUGCAUCUAAAAAAAACAUUGGUAGGAUAAAAUGUAUUGAAUGCAAUGUCAAUUGCACAUCAUUUCGAACUUUUCGGGAACAUUUAUUGAAAUAUCAUAAGCUGGAUGUCACUGAAAAGGAGAUACGUUUUCCUAACAUGACUGCAUUUAAGAAAUGGAAAUUGGAAAUUGAAAGAAGAGAUUUGACAUUUUUUACUGCUCAAAUGGGAGCUAAAAAACUACAGAAUUACUUCUGGAGACAAUACUGCUGUCAUCGUUCUGGUUAUUAUAAACAGGGUAAUAAAGUAAAAAAGAGCAGAAUGGAUAACCUUUUAGGUUCUUGCAAGACAGGAUUUUUUUGCACCGCAUCCAUGACUGUACGUGAAUAUCCAGAUGAAGUUCACGUUAAGUACUGCUUACAGCAUUACGGGCAUGGGGGAGGCACGACUUUUGUCCAUUUAUCUGAUGAGGAGCAAGCUGCUGUCCAAGAAAAUUUAUAUAAUGGGAUUCCACUGGAAGAACAGCUGAAUGAUAUUAAGGACACUCAGUCCUCAGCCGAGCAUUUUCAAGCGUGUAUUAAGAAGAAAAGAGAUAUUUCUUUUCUGAACAAAGCUUAUUCUUCUGAAGUUUACUAUUCAGGAAUGAGUGCUGGUGAAUAUGUUGAACAGUGGGUUCGCAUAUGUUCCGAAAUGGAGGAUUCUCCAAUCUUGCUUUACAGACAAGAAGCAUCAGGAACUAAAUCUGAUAAUUUGAUGUUAAUUAUAAUGACAGAGUUUCAGAAACAUAUACUUAUGACAUCAACUAAGCAAAUUGUAUGCCUUGCUUGUCCUAAUCGCAUUAAAAGAGGACGUAAACUUUUAACUACUCUUAUUAUCAUUGAUGACCAAGAUGCUGCCUUUCCAGUUGCAUUUUGCAUCAGCAACAGGAUAAAUAAAUCAUCGAUGCUGGAAUUUCUUUCAUCUGUCAGAGAAUCUACUGGUCCAUUAUCUUGUUUGUAUUUUAUGUCAAAUGAUGAUAAAUUUUUCUUUGAAGCAUGGCAGGAAGUAAUGCAAGAUGAAUCCAAAUGGGUGUGGAGUACAUGGUCAUUGGAUGAUAGAAUCCGAAAGAUCUUAGCGCAUCCCAAAACAACUAUAAAAGACAUUAACACAAGAGAAGCAACUUAUCGACUUUUUCGUAAAAUCAUGGAAUGCAAUAGUCAGCCAGUCUUUUCUACCAUGUUUAAGAAUUUCAAAAUCUCUCUUUUAGAAAAUCCACUGACUAAUGAUUUUGGAAAAUAUUUUGUAUCACAUUAUGACUCUAAUCCAGAAAUGUGGGCAUGCUGCUACAGAAAGGAUGUUAAGUUAAGCACUAAUAUAUUUAUAGAGUUUUUGAAUAAGACAUUAAAAUACUGCAUUAAGAUAACUAAGACCAAACAGUUAGAUAAGCUCCUAAUGGUGCUUAUGAAGUGGCUGCGGUAUAAAAUGCUAGAUCGUCUUUCCAACAUGUUGGAUGAAGAUAAAAUUGAUAUGGUCAAAAAUACCAUCAGCAUGUGUCAUAAUAAGGGUCUAGAAAUAGAAUGUGAGAAUAUAGUUUCUUUAUCAGAUAAAAUUUGGUUGAUUCGAUCACAAAAUGAGGCCAAUGUCUAUGUGACACAAGAUUAUGAAUCGUGUCCAGAAUUAUGUGAUUUGAGGUGCUUUGACUGUGAUGUAUGUGUUCAUAUGUACUCAUGUAGCUGUGUACAAAGUUUGGUCCUUGCCAAUAUGUGCCAACAUGUUCAUGCUGUUGUAUGGAAGUUCUUAACGCCUCAUUUUUCACCGCCCACGUCUCCUGUUGCUAAACCUUGUGAUAAUGUUGAUGAUAUUGAUGCUGAUGUUCAAAUCAUUCCAGAUAAAGAGCCAGACAUACUGAAAAGUGUUUUGAAAAGAAUGCAAGGUGUAUAUAAGCAAGUGCGCAUAAAUAAAUGCAAAUUGAGUAAGAAGUCACUUGUGGAAGCUUUGAGAUUGUUGAACCGGUGUUAUCAAAUAUGUUCCAGUGAUGAAGAUUAUUCUCAUCCUGUGGAAAAAUCAACUCAGACAGAAUAUUUUUCAAGACCUGAUAUUGUAAAAUCAACUCAGACAGAAUAUUUAUCAGAGUCUGAGAUUGUAAAAGCGACAAAUCAUGUUUUAAAAGGUUUAGAUAAUAAUAUGUCUAUAUCUUAUCCUUCCUCUGUACCUGUGAUGGCAUUUGGUUCUGUUUUGAAUCCUGUAAGGAGAUCCUGUCAUUUGAAAUCAAAUUCUACUUCUGUAUCCAUGCCAUCAUCAAAGUCUAUUUUAAAACCUUUAAAUAAUACUGUAUCAAGCUCUUCUGGAAGGCAUAAAAUUAUUGAUACAUUUAAAUGUGGCACAUCAUCAUGUACUAAUUUAAAUGAUAGUAGUUUGGAUUCUGCGUUUGAUAGGGAUCAAACAGAUUUGUUGCAUGUUACAGCUAAUAUUUUAUCAUCACCACCCAAGCAGCAUAAAAGAUUUAAACCCAUAGCACCAACUCCAGCACCAAUAGAAACUCCUCUAGAUCGGGUUUUACGAAAAUAUUCAAUACAAAGACGUGAUGGAUCCAAUUUCCUACAAGUGUUAUCGCCAAAUAAUUCUUCUGAUAAAGUUGACAAAAUUAGCAUAAUACCCAUAAUACCUUCAAAAUCUACCUCUAAUAGCAAAACUGUCACGAAGGAGCAUCAUCUUGAAAGAACAAACGUUUCUGAUGAUCUUUUGAUGAAAGAUUCUUCAAAUAUUUCUAAUAGUCCAAUGAUAAAUUGUCCUUCAGUGUUAAAAAUUCCUGCUUCAUCAGCAGAAAAUUUACUUCCCAAUCCUGCUAAAACUGUAUCAGAUUCUUUUUCCAGUAGCAGCCCAGUUACUAAAAAGCAUCACAUUGAAAGAAUAAGUGUUUCUGAAGUUCCUAUAAUGAAGGAUUCUUCAAAUAUUUGUGAUAAUUCAGUUACAAAUUGCCCUUUAGUGAUAAAAACUUCUGCUUCACCACCAGAUAAUUCAAUUCCUGUUUCUGCUAAAACUGUUCCAGAUUCUUUUUCCAAUAGCGGACCUGUUGCUAAAAAACGUCAUAUUGAAAAAACUAAUGUUUCUGAUGUUCCUGUAAUGAAGGAUUCUUCGAAUGUUUGUGAUAAUUCAAUGACAAAUUGCCCUUUAGUGAUACAAACUUCUGCUUCACCAUCAGAUAAUUUACUUCCUUUUUCUGCUAAAACUGUGUCAGAUUCUUUUUCUAAUAGCGGACCUGUUGCUAAAAAGCGUCACAUUGAAAUAACUAGUGUUCUUAGUUUGCCAUUGAUAAAGGAUUCUUCAAAUGACUCGGAUAGUUAUGCGAAAAAUUCCUUUUUAUCGAUAAAAAACACUGUUUCAUCAUCAAGUAACUUGCCUGUUGAUACUAUAUCAAAUUCUGUUCCAUUAGCAUCCUCUAUUACUGAAUCCACUUCUUCAUGUAAUGAUGCAAAAAAUCAUCCUGAUUUUGUAGUACAUCCGACUGAUCAAGAAUUAAACAUAGCUUUGCCUGAUGUUUCUGUUAAUUCUGUUUUGCAAACACCUUCUGUUGUGAAGCCUAGUACUGAAGUGUCAAUUUCAGAAUCAAACAAGCAUCGUUUUGAUAUGAUAAAACACUCUUCUAAUCAAGUAUCAAAUGCUACUUUGCCUGAUGUUUCAACUGAUGCUAUAUCUAAUUCAGUUUUGCAAGUACCUUCACUUGUGAAAUCUACUGCUGUAUCAGUUUCAGCCUCCAAGAAUCAUUCUGAGGUGAAAACAUAUUCUACUAGUCAUAUAUCAUGUGUUGCUACGUCUAAUGCUUUUACUGACGCUGCAUCAAGUUUGGUUUCACAGACAUCUCUUGUGAAAUUUGCUGCAAUGCCAAAUUUCACAGUGAACAAUAAUUCUGAUGUGAAGACAAAUUUCAGUAAUCAAAUAUUACAAGUUGGUCUGCCUGAUACUUCUGUUAAUACUGUAUCAAAUUCUGUUUCACAAACAGCUUUGGUUAUGACUCCUUCUGCCAUGACAUCCUCUGAAAUCUUCUAUGUUGCCAUUCCAAAUGCUUCUGUUAAUACUCAAUCAAAUUCUACUUCACAAACGUCUUCAAACGUGAAAUCUACUGCUGCAUCGGCUAAUGAAAUAUUUUAUGUUGCUGUUCCUAAUGCUUCUGUUAAUACUUUAUCAAAUUCUAUUUCACAAGUGUCUUCAGACGUGAAAUCUACUACCACAUCAGCUAAUGAAAUAUUCUAUCUUGCUGUUCCUAAUGCUUCUGUUAGUACUGGAUCAAAUUCCAUUUCACAAAUAUCUUCAGAUAUGAAAUCUACUGCUGAAACUAAUAAUGAAAUAUUCUAUAUUGCCCUUCCUGAGGCCUCUGCCUGUACUUUCUUAAAUUCUUUUCCACAAAAGCCUUUUGUCGAGAAAUCUGCUGUUACAUCAGCUUCAGUAUCGAAAGUGACUUCAUGUUCUGCUGAUUUUGCUAGUUUGUCUGAUGUUGCGGUUACUUCUAUGCCAAAUUCAGGUUCAGAAACACUAUCUGUUUUGAAAUCCUCUUCAUUGUUAGUUUCAGUGUUAAAUAAUCAUUCCGAUGUUACAGCACAUUCUUCUGAUCACCCAUUACCUGUUUCUUUGCCUGUUGUUUCUAAUAAUGAUGUAUCACUUAUUUCUCAAGAGCCUGUGAUAGCAUCAAUUAAUACUUCAGAUAAAUCUCGAAAAAAUAACCAAACACUCAUUACAUCUGUAGAUCCUGUACCAAAUUCAAUUUCUAGUUGCAGUCCUGUUGUUAAAAGGUUUCACAGAGAAAUAACUAAUUCUUCUAAUGAGCUACUGAUAAAGGGUUCUUCAGAUGUUUCUUCUGGGCCUGUGACAAAUUCACCUUUUAUUAUAAAAGCCACUGUUUCAUCAUCAGACAAUUUGCCUGUUAUUUCUGCAACAAAUUCAGUUUCACAUGGAUCUUCUAAAAUUCAACCUUCUGUUAUGUUAGCUUCAACAACAAAUAAUAAUUCUGGUGUUGGAACAUGCUUUAAUGAUAAAGUAUGUUUUGAAAAAUCACAUGAUAGAAUAUCAAAUACUUCCAACACGCAAUUGGACGUAACUUCCUCAGUUCAAUCUUGCCAGAAGGAAUCUGAUGUAUCGUGUAUCAUUACAUCUUAUUAUUCUAUAAAAUCUUCCUCUGAUCCUGUAACAAACUCUACUGCAGAGAAAUCUGAUGCCAUAAGAUCUCAACCAUCCAUUUCAAUACCCAUUAAUCAACCUGGAUCUCUGCAAUAUAUGUGGGAACCUAUCUCGAAAAAGCGAUAUGUGGUAAAAGCCAGUAUACCAUUCACUCCAAAAUGAAGUAAAUCCUCCAAUUCCUCUACUUAAGUUUGGUACAUAGUCUCUAUAUUCUGUUAAGAUCUAUCAUCCUGAUGUCAAUAUUCUGUCUCUUCUGUACUGGUAAAAAAAAAAAUUCCAUCUGUCACAAUUUAACCCUUUGCAUGCGGAUGAUGACUCUCACUCACCAUUCAAGUGGUGCAUCACUUUGACGCUUUAUUUAUUUAAUUUUGAUUGUUAAAAACAGCAGCAGAGUAGUAAGAAGAUGCAAAUUAAUUGAACAGGAGAAUUCAACUUAAAACAAUUAAAUGUAUUUAUUUUUCAGAGCAAUAAACAAGCCUUUGUAUUAGUAAUUAAUAAUUAUGCAUCAAAUUACUUUUCUGAGUGAAAAGGGUUUAUUAUGUUGAAAGUUUUAUAUCAUCUGUUUAUUAUCAAAAUUUCUUUUUCCAAUUUCCUCUAAAUAAUCUGUUUUCAAAUACAUUUACUGUGGUUUAUGUAUUACUAAACGCCUUUGGCGACCAGCUGGUUCGCCAAUCUUAAUGCACGUUAAAAUUUUAAUAAUUAAAUAUUUUAUGAAACUCCCAUUUUAAUUGCUUCUUCAUUAAAAUAUUUUAAAACUUCAAAUUUUAAUAGUCAUAUAAUUCACUCAUAAUAUUAUAAAGGCCUUCAGCCAUAACGCAAUAUGUAUAUCUCUAAUUUUCUGUUAGCUCCCUUAGAAUUUAUGCUGUAAAUUAAAGUGGAAAUGAUUAAACUGCAAUUAAUAUAAUAAUAUUUUUUUUUUUUACUGAAACGAAGCAGUUUUUUUUUUUUUUUUAAAUAUGAGUACUGAAAACAGAGUCGCUGAGUAUUUAAACCUUAUGGGCACUAAAGAAUAUUUUUCUUAAUUUAUAUAAUAUCUCAAGAAGUUUUCAACAACAUUUUCUCAGAUUCAUCAUGAACAGAUCGAUUAAUUCACAAUGUUUAAUUUUAAAUGCAUCAAACACUAAAAAAAUAAACAGAAUCGUUUGAAAUAAUCUGUCGAAAACACAUUAAGCCUUCAUAACCAAGUCCAUAUCCGUUGAAAAUAGUUGUCAACAAUCAGAACACAAUGCGCAUGCUUGAAUUUUCAACGCCAAUUAUGGUAACGUAAAUGCGUGAAUUUUCUACUCCAGUUGGGGUAACGCUAUGCAGAUUAGAAAUUUUUAAUUUCCUUUAUUCUGUUUUAUUUUUAUUCAAAAGUACUUCAGAAUGAAUCUGAAAGAUCGAUUAAUUUACAAUGUUUAAUUUUAAAUGCAUCAAACAUUAAGAAAAUAAACAGAAUCGUUUGAAAUAAGCGGCCGAAAAUAUGUUAAGCCUAUCCUCUUUAGCGUGGGAAAAAAAUGAAGCCUUACUCAUUUGGCGGUGGGGAAAUUAAAAGAUUUUUUGGCGGGACAGUUAGUUUUUAAUUAAUAAUUAAAAUUCUAACUAAAAAUUGAAAAAAAAAGAGACCCCAGGUGCACAUUUCCGACCUCCAAGGUAUGCAUGUGCCAAAUUUCGUAGCUGUAGGUCCAGCAGUCUGGCCUGUAGAGCGCCAACACACACACACACACACACACAUUGAGCUUUUUAUAAGUAUAGAUGUAAUCACUCUGCUAUUCUCUAGCAUAUAAAAGCAUAAAAAAGGGUCAAUUUUGUUUCCCUCAAGUCUCAUGCGAUUUCUAUGUAUAUUUGAAUAAAUAAUUUUUUGUUUACAUUUGAGAAUAUGUCUUGUAAAUUUAUGAGAAUUUUUUUGAAAAAUGAAUUCUGUGUAUUUUUUCUUCUUGUCUCGGCAUAUAAUGCUUAAAAGAAACUAUGAAAUAUAUUGCUAUG